AUGUUAAUGUAUCACCCAACUGUAAUUACUCGUCUGCUUCCUGUAAUUUUUAGGAAUGGUUAUAAAAGAUCUGAUAAUAUUAUAGGAUUAGAAAAGUUCCCGCUGGGAAGGUUUACGUUAAGAGAGGAAACUUACUCUACUGUAGCUGAUAUUAAUAAUGGUGGUAACAUUAGUGAUAGAAUUAGGAUACUACCAAAAAGUUUGAUUUCCACUGCAAACAAAUAUGUAGAGAAAUUGUUGGAACUAGAAGACUCAUUAUCAAAGGGGCAAGAAUUUAGUGUAGAAUCUCAACAAGAAUUCUCUAAACUUUCUUUAAUUAAUGGGGUGUUUGAAAAUUAUAAAUCUAUGCUUAAUGAUGUAGAAGAAUUGCAGAAUUUGAUUGAGACAGAUAUUACUUUGAAAGAGGAAGCCACUGAAGAACUGGAUAAAAUGAUACCGAAAUUUAACGAUUGUUCCAAUAAAUUAUUGGAACAUCUGAUUCCAUCACAUCCUUUUGCUGAAAAGCCGUGUUUACUCGAAUUGCACCCAGGGGUGGGUGGUAUUGAAGCAAUGAAUUUCACGCAAGAUUUAUUUAAUAUGUAUAUGGGAUAUAUUAAUAAAAAGAAAUGGAAGUCCCAUGUAAUAUCAAAACAAAAAAAUGAAAGUGGAUCAGGUUUAGUUAGUGCCAUUCUUAGUGUUGACGAAUUGGGAUCUUAUGAUAAAUUAAGAUAUGAAGCUGGAGUACACAGAGUACAAAGGAUACCUGAUACAGAGACAAAGGGUAGAACCCAUACGUCUACAGCUGCAGUUAUUGUUUUACCACAAAUGGGGGAUGAAUCCGAUAAAGUAAUAGAUGCAUAUGAAAGAACUUUCAAACCUGAUGAAAUUAGAAUUGAUGUAAAACGAGCAAGUGGUAAAGGAGGGCAGCACGUCAACACAACUGAUUCGGCAGUAAGAUUAACACAUAUUCCAACUGGAAUUGUUGUGUCUAUACAAGAUGAAAGGUCACAAUUAAAAAACAAAGCAAAAGCAUUUACAAUUCUCAGAGCGAGAUUGGCAGAAAGAGAGAGAAAGGAGAAGGAGGAGAAAGAAAGAGCAGCAAGGAAGGAACAGGUGACAACCACAGAUAGGUCAGAUAAAAUUAGAACAUACAAUUAUCCACAGAAUCGAGUCACUGAUCAUCGUUGCGGUUUCACAGUUCAUGAUAUAGGUGGAGUAGUAUCUGGUGAAAAACUACAAGAAAUUAUCGAUGCAGUAAACAAAUUUGAGAUACAACAGAAAUCAAAAGCUCUUUUAGAAUGA